AGAAGGGAAGAUAAUGAAGAGUCUUGUCGAACGUCCAACUGGAUCAUUUUAUUGGUGGCUGCUUGCUACACUGUUUCUCCCGCUAGCGAUACCGGGGCUAGUGUUCAAGUAUCUGACGAGGAUGAAAGAGAAACGGAACGCACGUAAUUUGAACGGGAAGAUCGUUCUCAUUACGGGAGCAAGCUCUGGGUUGGGAGAAGCGUUGGCGCAUAGUUUCUAUCUGGCCGGCUGUAAAGUGGUGCUUGCCGCACGCCGCAAGGAAGAGCUGGAACGUGUCCGGAAGGAUCUACUCGAGCUUCAUGCGACCGUUCCAACACAUCCACCAAUCAUACUAACGUUGGAUCUUUCCGAUCUAAACAGUAUUACCGGUAAAGUGCAGAGCGUGCUGGAAAUUCAUGGUGCGAUCGAUAUUCUGGUCAAUAACGGUGGGAUCAGUGUGCGGGGUGAUGCCAUCUCGACAGCAAUCGAUGUGGACAUACGGAUCAUGCUAGUCAAUUACUUUGGUACCGUUGCCAUGACGAAGGCAUGUCUGCCUUCGAUGAUUGCUCGUAAGGAAGGCCGCAUCGUUUGCGUUUCUAGUGUGCAAGGAAAGUUUGCCAUUCCACACCGUUCCGCGUACAGUGCAUCGAAGCAUGCGCUGCAAGCUUUUUGCGACAGUUUGCGCGCCGAAGUGGCAAAGGAUAACAUCAACGUGACACUAAUUUCACCCGGAUACAUUAACACGGCCAUGUCGAUAAAUGCGCUUACCGGUUCCGGUGCUACCUAUGGCAAAAUGGACGCUGCUACUGCAAGUGGUGCAUCGGCGGAGGACACAGCACGCAACAUCCUGCGAGCGAUCGUGCGCGAUGAAAAGGAUGUCAUCAUGGCACCGAUUGCACCGCGGGCCGCUUACUGGUUGCGCCACCGGAUGCCAUCCGUUUACUUUUGGGUAAUGAAAAAACGUGCGGAAAAGCUAAACUCCUCCUAA